UCUACUCUUCAUUUUCUACGAGCUUCUUUUACUUCAGAAAACCUCCCCAAACCCUAAAGCUCUUACUAGAAUCAGAGGUUAAAGAGACGGCGCCGCUUCGCUGUCCGCCUUGACCGAGCACAGAGCUUCGUCUUGGCCCUCGAUUUUGCUCAUUUUCUCGCAGGUUUUUUCAUUUUAGCCUUAGAAAACCCAAAACAUCUUUCUUCAUCUCCAUCGUAACAAUGGUGCACAAGCCAUCAAAAGCCGAGAAGAAGAUCGCAUACGACUCCAAGCUAUGCCAGCUGCUGGACGAGUACAACCAGAUCCUUAUUGUGGCGGCCGACAACGUCGGAUCCACCCAGCUACAGAAUAUUCGCAAGGGUCUACGUGGCGACUCGGUGGUUCUCAUGGGUAAAAACACCAUGAUGAAGAGGUCUAUCAGGAUCCAUGCUGAUAACACUGGCAACAAUGCCUUCCUCAAUCUCAUUCCUCUCCUUGUCGGCAACGUGGGUCUGAUUUUCACCAAGGGUGAUUUGAAGGAGGUCAGUGAAGAGGUCGCCAAGUACAAGGUUGGGGCUCCUGCUCGUGUUGGUUUGGUAGCACCAAUUGAUGUUGUUGUCCCUCCGGGCAACACCGGUCUGGAUCCAUCGCAGACGUCCUUUUUCCAAGUGUUGAAUAUACCAACAAAGAUUAAUAAAGGAACUGUCGAAAUUAUAACCCCUGUUGAGCUUAUUAAGAAGGGUGACAAGGUUGGGUCCUCUGAGGCUGCCCUCCUUGCAAAGCUUGGCAUAAGGCCAUUCUCUUAUGGCCUCGUUGUUCUUCAAGUUUAUGAUGACGGGUCUGUCUUCAGCCCUGAAGUCCUUGAUCUUACUGAUGAGGACCUGAUUGGGAAGUUCUUUGCUGGUGUCUCUAUGGUGACAUCACUGUCGCUUGCUAUCUCAUAUCCAACCCUAGCUGCUGCACCACACAUGUUCGCCAAUGCCUACAAGAACGUUCUUGCAGUUGCUGUUGCUACUGAGUAUUCCUUCCCUCAGGCAGAGAAAGUUAAGGAGUACCUAAAGGAUCCUAGCAAGUUUGCUGUUGCUGCUGCCCCUGUUGCAGCAGCUGCUUCUGGUGGUGCCCCAGCUGCUGCUGCUGCCAAGGAGGAAGACAAGAAGGAAGAGCCGGCUGAGGAGUCGGAUGAUGACAUGGGUUUUAGUUUAUUUGACUAAACCUUGUUUCAGUGGUGAUAAUUCCUUGAUGGUUUACUUUAGAAAUGUUUUGUUUUAUGGAUAAUUUUUAUGUUUAAUAUGCCAUUUUACUUGGACUUGCAAAAUAUUUCCUCCAGUUGAGAGAACUAUUAAUUUUGAUGUUGUUUUGCA